UCAGAUCCAAUUUGGUUAAAUCAGUUACAUCGUUCGAAUCUACACGAUUCUCCGAUCGCAUCUUCUUCACCAGAUCGAAGCUCAAGCGAAGCGAGAAAACUCUGAGAAUCAUUCAUCAAUGGCGGAAGAUCUGGUUCUGGACACGGCGAUCAGAGACUGGGUCCUGAUCCCUCUCUCCGUCGUGAUGGUUCUAAUCGGCGUUCUCCGCUACUUCGUCUCCAAGCUAAUGCGUUCGUCUCCAUCUCCCGACGCGAAGAUCGUCAAAGAAGGGCAAGUUGUAAUUAGGGCUCGGAAUCUGAAGGCCGGCGCCAAUUUCAUCCCGCCCAAGUCCUUCCGAGCUCGGAGAUUCUACUUCAGCAACGAGGAAAAUGGAUUGCUACAUGUGCCCAAGGACCAAGCUCAAAACCCACAAGCUCAAAUGUUUUCUGAUCCUAACAUGGCCAUGGAUAUGAUGAAGAAAAAUCUCUCUAUGAUUAUACCGCAGACGCUAACUUUCGCAUGGGUCAACUUCUUCUUCUCUGGCUUUGUUGCAGCCAAAAUACCGUUUCCACUGACUCAGAGGUUCAGGUCUAUGCUACAGAACGGGAUAGACUUGAGCACUGUUGAUGUUAGCUACGUGAGUAGCCGUUCAUGGUACUUCUUGAACUUGUUCGGGUUAAGAGGCUUAUUUAGUCUCAUUCUUGGAGAUGAAAAUGCUAUUGAUGAUACACAACGAAUGAUGCAAAUGGGUGGAUUUGGUUUUGAUGCAACAAAGAGCUUGGGCGCGGAGAAGGAUGGUCUCGACAUUAUUCAACAUGAAUGGGCUUUACCCGGAUUCGAGCACCGCGCAGAGUCCGUUUUAAGAAAACUCGUGCAGUAGAGACGACACUUGUACCCUGAUUUUGUAAUGAUUUGGUUUAAAUCUGUAGUAUUAUUGCAAGCAUUACUUUGUUUCAGCUGAUCUGGUUGGUUAUGUCUGGUGCUUGCGAUCUGAUGCAUAUUAUCGAUUAAAACUUCUGAGAGUUUGUUAGUCCAA